GUGUGUGUGUGUUUAAUGUAUACGUCUUGUCCUAUUCGGUUGAAUCUUUAGCAAACAAGUUGUAAAAGUGUGUGGCUCCAAAAACUUGAAUGGGUUUACUUUUAGCGAGUGUGUGAUUCUGUGUUUGACAACCAUUGGACGGGUGUUUAUGUGUUUAAUUGUAAAUCCUUAUCAGACAUCAGGCUGUGACACAAGGAUUUGAUUCAGGACCAUUGUGAAGUUUCUAAGAUUAACGACAGGAUUCUUUAGAUGUCACAAAGCAUUACAAGCCACUUUAUGGUAUUAAAAUCUCAACACUGAACCAAGAGGAACUCUUCUUUCUUUUCUUAAUUAAAUUGAUCAGGAUAUAAAGCUCUUAAGUUUUUGUUUGUGACAUUUUGGGGUUAGCUGGAAAUAUUUUCAGAACCGAAAGACGUUCUUUGCAAUAUUUCAAUCUUUCUUAACAAAAAAAAAAGAAAACUAAAAAGAAAAUUCAAUUAAAUAUGUAGCGAACGAACAAAAAUUUUUUAAUUCAAGUAAAAAAAUCACUAAAAAUGUUUACAAACAAUGGAUUUACUUCACAUGAAAAGGAUGUUUCGAAAGAGAAAGGUUCAGAUCCUUCUCACAUUCACGGUAAUGUUCUCAUUGAUUUGUUUUGUCUUUGUUUAUACUCACGUGACCAGCAGACGAUCAGCCCCCGUUUUACACUACAGGAUAGUCAACAUGAGCUGCCCUACACAUUUACAACGGACCAUCGACUCAGAUAUUUAUAGGCAUAGAACCAAGGUGGCCAAUGACGCUUGCUUUAAACACGGCCAUCGUGGUCAAGCGCAGAGAGUCUUCUUGGACCAGUUCAAUAAAAUGGCAUAUUGCGUUGUACCCAAGGUUGGCUGCACUUACUGGAUCAACAUAUUGCGUUUCUUAAAUAACGAUACAUAUGGAAUGGUAUUCGAAAGUCCGCACGAUAUUCCAAGAAUUAUAACCCACUACAGCAGCUUCAGUAGAAAUGUCAGCGUGUAUAGCGAUGAGCCAGGUCCUAGCGAGCUAUCCAACAAGCUCAGGUUCAUGUUUGUAAGAGACCCUUACAGUCGUCUGUGGUCAGCGUGGAUUGAUAAAUUUUGGUUGCCAGAUUUUUGGUUUACAGAGGGCGCCAACAUUGCCAAUUUUUUCAAUCUGACAGAAGCAGAAAAAGAAUGCCCCACAAACAUUUCAUUCGUACAGUUUUUGACUUACAUAUCACGUGACAAGUUUUUACAAGAGCCCAACUUGUUGAACGAGCACUGGGCACCUUACAGAUUUCUUUGUGAUCCCUGUGUGUUUAGACCCCAUGUCAUUGGGAAAAUGGAAACGUUUCAUGCAGAUACAAGCACCAUAUUGGAAGCAGUCAAUUUGACCUGGGUUUUAGAAACGCCGUCAAUGAUGAGAGACAACAGAAGUGGCAAUGCCAGACCGAUUGAUAGGUCAGUCCAAGAGAUGUCCAUGUUGACUUACUACAACAUGGAAUUAUUCACGUUUCUGAGUUCGUUGUUGAACUCCACUGAUGAAAAUUGUUUUAACCAACGACUUGUAUAUAAAAGACUUUGGGCAGCGUUUCAAUACAAUGGUCACUUGCCCUUCAAUGUCCAGUUUCCAGAGCAGCUAGAGACCGGAGCAUCUAUCGCACCAGAAGAUUUUCUUCAAAUUUGUAAAGAAACUUUCUUUUCCUGGAGCAAAGAUAAAAAUCUAUUCGCCGACCAUAAAAAGGCAGCAAUGAUUGAAGCUUACAGACCAGUUCCCAACGAUGUCAUGAAUAGGCUUCUGGAGUUGUAUGAAUCAGACUUUGAGAUGUUUGAAUACAAUAGGAAGCCAAUAGAUCUCUACCACUACAGAUGAUACAGGAUAUGAUGGUAUAGAACAGUGGUCUUCAACCUUUUUUGUAAUUGUAUAUUUUCUCCUUUAAAAAAUCCGCCAGCUCCCAAAUCUACGAAAAAUACCAAUAAAGAAGCUUAAGAAGGCAAAUUGGAAUACAAUUUUAUUUAUUAAUUUUCACGCUGUCAAUAAC